AUGGGAUGCGGCAGCUCCAGGUUCACGGUGGUCGAGCCCGUGAGAUCAAGCGAGUUGGACGGAGGAGAGGAUGACACAGUGAGUAAACAAGGCUGUAGGGGCGACUCUGCAGUGUCAAAGUUAACCACAGACAGUGGAGUGGUCCUGGACACUGGUGUGGUCCCCACCUUACUGGGGGCUGUACCCAGGAAACUAUCACCACUGGCAGCCCACAUCCCUGGCCUGGCCCAAGAGAGUGGUGAGAGACCCAGGUCCAGUGAGAUCCUGGAACAGCUUCUGAGCCAAGGCAUCAUCGCCCAGCCCAGGGAGAGGGCCAGCGGCGAGGCAUACAACAUCAUGAUUGAUGACAGAGAGACACCCAAACGUAGGCCUCCCCCUCACCUGGAGUCUCUGAUGGGCAAGAGGGACCAGUCUGUCACCAGCCAAGUGGACAUGGAGGAGAAGAUGAGACAGGCGGAGGAGGAACGGAAGGAGGAGCUGAACGUGAACCUGAGGCCUAAGUCAGCUGGUGUCCAUGACCCAGAAGCUGCAUCAACAUCCAGAGAGGGGGACGUAGUCAGCCCUGUGGAGGUCCUCCACACCCCUGAUGCCCCUGAGACCCCACCCAGCCCAAGAGGGAUCCAGCAGGAGCCACUGGAUCCAGACCCAACUCAGACUCAAGAAGGAACUGAGCAAGCUGAGGAGCAAUUCUAG